AUGGUAGGAUAUGUUCCCGAUGGAGGAGUUGAACUUGGACCCAUCAAUCAUAAUACUUUACAGUUUCAAACAUUCCCAAACCAACAUUUGUUGCACACCGUAGGAGGUGCGACAUUGAUCCAACCAGGACAUGCAAAUGCUGAGCCAGACCAAUCUUUGCGACCUCUUCGACCCAAUGUCCCCAACAAUCAUUCGACAGAUGGACAUGGAAAACCUUACCCAACAUUGGUCAUCGAAACAGCCAAGUCUCAAUCACUUCCAGUGUUACAUCAAAAGUGCCUCGACUAUUUCAUGGAUCGUGUUGCUGCUGUGCUUCCUGCUCCUGGUGUCCCUGCGGUGGCUGCAAUACCAAGCACAAUCAGGAUCGUUAUUGGUGUCAAGAUCUAUCCCAGAAACAAUGGAGACUUUGCGAUGCUUGUUUUGUACUAUCAGAAUGGUGCAGCAGCAAAUCCUGUCAGGAUCAUCUCUUGUGGAACGACACAUUUGGAUGUCACCAAUACAAUCCAAAGACACUUGCCUCCCAUAUCUCCACCUGGAUAUGCUGCUCCUCAAGGCUAUGAAGGUGUCAUGCCUCCAGUUGGGCCUCCUCCACCUGUAGCCAAUCCAGCCAAUCCACUCAACCUUCAAAAUCCUUGUAAUGCACUUGGUCUUCCACUUUAUCAACUCCAGAUACCAACUGUUGAACUGUUCAAUGGAGCACCACCUUUGCCACCAGGUGUCAUUAUUCCUCCAUUCUACGCUGUAGACCUGCAUUCCAGCCAACAAAUUGCCAACGAAAAUCUCCCUUGA